AUGGAUAUCGCAUUUGACGAAGUCGUUACAAUCCCCCAAGUCAGCCUGAUGUCAUGGCAACUGCUGCAAUUCCUGUGGUCUAGCAAUCCCCCUCCAGGAGGCACUGCUGUGUCGCCAAUAUCCAUGGCGACUGCCAUCUGCAUACUCAGGCGCCUUGCGUAUGGGGAACCGCCGACAAAUAUCGACUACUUUCUACGAAUGUUUCCAUCGUUUCCCACCGUUACCUAUAAGAAGGGUAUAUUCGCCCUCAACGGUCUCGCCUUCUCCCUUCCGUUUUCCCGCGCCGUGAGCAGAUAUGGUUCUAUGAUGGUCUUUCGGGAUCCGAGCAGCUUGGAAAAUACUAUCAGCGAGAUUGAUAAAUACUUCAUGUCCGGGGAUCCCAACGGAUCGAUUGACAUGAAGCUUUCUCCUGAGAGCCUCGCCGCCAGCCGCGAUGCGACUUCUGCCAGCUCGCAUGUCGUGCUAGCAAAGGCCGUGAUGAUUUCGCUGCCGUUCCACCAUUUGUUUCCACCCAGCGCGAUCGGGAAAUCUACUUUCAAUCUCUUGGAUGGUACAACCGCUCAGAUUGACAUGAUGCACUGUGCCAACGAACAGUUGCUUGUGAAGAAUGAGGCGGAAUACACAGCAGUCCGCCUUCCCUUCGGGCCGCCUGGCCACCCAAGCUGCUCCUUGUUUGCAUAUCUGCCUCGGAACGGCCAUUCUGUGGAACAUCUCCUCAAUGAUCCCUAUAUCCAAGCCUGCCGCACUGAGGGUUUUACCAAGACUUUGGUCGGCGAAUUCGUUAUGCCACAGUUCCACACCAAGGCGAGAUAUAACCUGAAAGACAUCCUCCCAUUAUUAGGAAUGCCUCUUCCUCAGACAUAUCCACACGUCGGCGCGGAUGGGGACGUCGCAGUAGACCAGAUUUUAGAGGGUGUUUCCGUCGUCUUCGAUCCGUCGAGAAUUGAUGACUUCCCGCCGGCCCCGCGUCCGUUGCCCCAGUGUGAUAUGCCGCGCAUGGAGUCCCUAAGUUUCAAUUCCCCAUUUGUGUUUGCGAUCGAAUGGGGUGAGCAGGGGUUCCCAAUGUUGUGCGGAGUGUUUGACCGCACUGGAAGUGAUUGA